ACUCAAAAUUGAAAAUCAAUUAAAACUUACGAAAUACAUAUCAAUCGACUCAGUUUUUGAUUCUGAUUCCGAAAAUGAUAUUUUUAUUGCUCAAAAGUUCAGUUCUGAUCGAGAAGUUUUUGGACCUUUUCAGUAUUUUGCAUUUUUCUCCCCGAAAAAAAGGUUUUUUUCAACUUUCAAGGUCAUAUUCGUGAUCAGCAUGCUCUGGCAAAUCCCAAUAUGUGUCUUUUAUCGAAAAAAAUUUUUGCUAAAAUUUUGCUUUGCGUGCACCUUAAUCAUCUUUUACAUAAAUAAAUACGUGAUACUACCGUUUAGAGUGCCCGUGAUCUUAAAAUAUCUAAAUUUUUAGACUAAAAGUCAUAACUGAUUUCUGAAGAAUAGAUUAUUAUGCUUCAACGGAUAAAAUCAACACUGAGCCAACAAUAUGAGAACAUUUCAUCUCACAAGAGGAAUGGGAUUGUCUGUGAUCCCCUUCUUUGAUAUUCUAGAUUUAUUGAAAAAACGUUCAUUUCCAUGUUCAAAGGCACAACUGGUCGAUAUUGUGAUCAAACAAUUGAUUAUUGUUCUAGUCAAAUCGACUAUUGUAAAAAUAACGGCAUAUGUGCAAAUUCUGCAUUGGGUCCAAUAUGUUCAUGUUUACCAAGUUAUACGGGACCCGAUUGUUCAAUCAUGCUAAAUCCCUGUCUGUCAUCACCAUGUAUCGCAGCCAACACGUAUAAUUGUACAAAUAGUGGCUCAUCUUAUGUGUGCAAUUGUCGUCCGGGUUUUCGAGGUAAGACCUGUUUACCGAGCUUAAAUGAUUGCGCUCCGUCUGGAGUCACUUCUUGCCGUAAUGGUGGUAUUUGUGCAAGCACGAAUGGAAGUAGUCAAUGUCUUUGUAAGUUAAUACAACCCCCUUUAAAUAGUCGAUGUUGUGUAUUUGUUUUUCAUAGUAAUCCAUGUGUAGCAUUCAACUCGAUAUCGUGUCUAAUAACAGUGUCUUCAUUAAGUCUAAAUGGUACAGUAGGUUAUACAUGUACUUGUGCAGCCCAAUAUACAGGGUCACGUUGUGAGAUAGCCAUUAGCCCUUGUUCCAGUCAACCAUGUGCCUUUGGUUCAUGUUACGAAAGUCUUGCUGGUUGGUCAUGUGUUUGUGAUCCUGGAUGGACGGGUGUACAAUGUAAAGACGGUAUUAACGAAUGUGAAUCAAUGCCAUGUCAGAACGCAGGAGUUUGUGUCGAUGGUGUUAAUAGUUAUCGUUGUAGCUGUUUAGUGGGAUUUACAGGAAACAAUUGUGAACUUCCAAUAGUACAUUGUGCCGUUAAUCUAUGCCAGAAUGGAGGACAAUGUAUGGAGACAGUAGUUUCUUAUGCUUGUAUUUGUGCUGUUGGUUGGACCGGUGUAAAUUGUGAAAUUAACAUUGAUGAUUGUACAUCAGAUGUGUGUCUCAACGGUGGAACAUGCAUCGAUCAAAUAAACAGUUUUCUUUGUCGUUGUCCAAGUGGUUUUACAGGUUCCGUAUGUCAAGUAGUUGUCAGUCAAUGUGCAAAUCAACAAUGCUUAAAUGGAGGCACCUGUCGCGAAGUAUACAACUCAACACCAGGGUUUAUUUGUAUUUGUCUACCUUUAUAUAAUGGGACUUAUUGUCAAAAUAUAAUUGACCCAUGUGCUAGUUCCCCAUGUAUUUAUGGUACUUGUUUGAGAUCAAACAAUGUCUUGUCGUAUACGUGUGUGUGUAAUUCUGGCUAUACAGGUUAUAAUUGUAAUACAAAAGUUGACGUGUGUCAACCCAAUCCAUGUGGUCUUUAUGGUCAGUGUAUUAAUGGUACAAAUGCAUUUCAAUGUUGCUGUCAACUUGGUUACACUGGACAAUUCUGCGAUCGUCUUCAAGAUGCCUGUUCUCCCGAUGCAUGUUUCCUCAACGGUUCACAGAGGUGUAUUUCUCAUUCGUCUAAUAAUUAUCAGUGUCUCUGUAAAGCAGGCUAUACAGGACAGUAUUGUGAACUGGGAAUAAAUGAGUGUGAAUCGCAGCCAUGUAUCAAUGGGGGAACGUGCGUUGAUUUUGAGAAUCGAUAUCAAUGUGUUUGUCCAAGUGUUUAUAAUGGAACAAAUUGUGAGAGGUUACGCGAUUCAUGUUCAAGUCAACAAUUUUGUUUAAAUAAUGGAAUUUGUCGCGUAAAUCAAACUGGUGUUAUUUGUACGUGUCCUCAAGGAUAUACGGGAACCAAUUGUGAACUAAUCAUCAACUAUUGUGAGUCUAUGCCGUGCCAGAAUGGAGGAAUAUGUCAAACAUCGUCAACAGGAUUCACAUGUAGUUGUGUCAACGGGGUGAAGGGAGACCGCUGUGAAACAAUAAUCGACCGAUGUCAAUCUAGUCCAUGUUUGAAUAAUGGAACGUGUGUUUCAAUGAUUAAUCGUUUUAUUUGUCGUUGUGCACAAGGAUAUUUAGGACCAAUAUGCGAAAUAGAUCGUGAUGAUUGUCAACCAGUAAACCCGUGUCUGAACGGUGGAAGAUGUGUUGAUGCUAUAAAUAAUUUUACAUGUGUUUGUAAUCCAGGGUUCAUCGGUUAUUAUUGUGAAAAUCAAAUUAAUACGUGCUUAUCAAGUCCUUGUUUGAAUGGUGGUCUAUGCCGACCGUUAAUAAAUAGUUAUCGAUGUGAUUGUCCAGAGGGAUAUACUGAUUCAACGUGUUCCUCUGUGAUCAAUCAUUGUUUGAGUAGUCCCUGUAUGCAUGAUGGUUACUGUGUUAAUCUCAUGAAUGGCUAUCGUUGUGCUUGUAGAAACAAUUUUAUGGGAUCUAGAUGUGAACAAGAGUCGAAUGCCUGUGAAUCUUCACCUUGCAUGCAUAAUUCGACAUGUAUUAGUGACGCAUCUGGUUUUAAUUGCUCGUGUGCACUAGGUUUUCAAGGUUCUCGUUGUCAACAAAACAUAAACGAAUGUGAUAGUUCCCCGUGCUUAAACAACGGUAUAUGCCAAGAUCAGUGUUUAAAUUCUGGAACAUGCGUCGACGAAACCGAUCGAUUUAGCUGUAAAUGUCCACCAUGGUAUUACGGUUUAAGAUGUGAAAAUCGUAUUAAUCCAUGCGAUACACCAAAUCCGUGCGUUAAUAAUGGAACAUGUUUGGAAAAUUUAACAAUUACGCAAGGGUUUACCUGUCUAUGUUUACCGGGAUUCACGGGUAAUCUUUGUGAAACGAAUAUUAACGAGUGUUUCUCUCAGCCGUGUCAUAGAGGACAAUGUAUUGACAAAAUAAAUGGUUAUGUGUGCGCAUGUUACGCAGGAAAUAUAGGCGUGCAAUGUGAGUGCAUACCAGGUUAUACAGGAUUGAAUUGUGACGUAGACAUUUCAGAAUGUAUGAGCUCUCCAUGCAUUAACAAUGGUACAUGUACAGAACCUGUACCAGGCAUGUUCAAUUGCACAUGUCCAACUGGUUAUUCAGGUGUUCAAUGUCAAAUUGGUGGUAGUUCACAAUGUCUCACUAGUCCUUGCUUCAACAAUGGCACUUGUACACAAUUUCCAACAACUUUUGUUUGCUCGUGUAUUCCUGGUACAAGUGGUUUGAGAUGUGAUCUGGAUAUUGAUGAAUGCGCUUCACUACCGUGUCAAAAUGCUGGACUUUGUACUCAACCAGCAGCAAAUAUGUACACGUGUUUAUGUCCAUCAGGCUAUUCUGGUUACAAUUGUGAGAUAAUGUUCAAUCCAUGUUCGUCGAUUAUGUGUUUGAAUAAUGGUUCAUGCAUUCGAGUGAAUUAUACAAAUGCUAUUUGUUCCUGUUCGCUUGGAUUCACCGGCAACGCGUGUGAAACACAAAAUAAUUGGUGUUCUACUAAUCCAUGUACCUACGGGACGUGUGUAAAUUUAAAUUCUCAAUAUCAAUGUAAUUGUUAUCCUGGAUAUGGAGGACAACGGUGUGAUUCUCCUAUUCAGUAUUGUUCUUCAAAUCCCUGUUACAACAAUGGGACCUGCGUGCAGCAAGCAACAAAUUAUGCUUGUCAAUGCCCUUAUGGAUUUCAGGGUGCAGCAUGUGAGCUGGUUGUACGAGCUUGUCAGAGUUCACCAUGUCUUAACGGAGGCACUUGCAAUGAUGUAGCACCUGGCCUACAUAAUUGCACCUGUCCAACAUCUUAUAGUGGUCCCUUUUGUCAAUUACGUGAAUCAACGUGUAGCCGCUUGGUACCAUGUGAAAAUUUUGGUGUUUGUAUCGAUACAGGUGUUGGUUAUCAAUGUAUUUGUGAGCCAGGUUGGACUGGAACAACUUGUUCUUCGCAAAUUCAACUCUGCUUAUCAAAUCCAUGCCAGAAUAAUGCAACAUGUUUAAAUCUAUUAUCAGGUCUUACGUAUCAAUGUAUUUGUCCUCAAGGAUAUGCCGGUUUGAUCUGUGAAUUACAAAUAAACACCUGCGCCAGUAAUCCCUGUAACAACGGCGGCACAUGCAUUGUGGGAAAUAAUCAGUUUACAUGUCUUUGUCCACCUUCUUAUACGGGAAGCACGUGCCAAGUUGUUCAAGAUCCCUGUUUUCAAUAUCCUUGUGUAGCGGGUAUUCCAUCACGAAGUGCUAACAACUUAAAUUGUUCGUGUACGUGUGGUAGUGGCUAUACUGGAGUUUCAUGUCAGACACCAAUUAAUUUAUGUGAUCAAAAUUAUUGUCUACGUGGUACAUGCACGUAUCUGGGCCCCGGCCUUGCUAAUUGUACAUGCCCAGCAAAUUAUCAAGGAUUAAGAUGUGCUUUUCUCCUCAAUAAUUAUUGUGGCUCAUGUCCGUGUCUUUAUGGCACUUGUCAAUCAUUAUCAGAUCGUUAUGUUUGCAAUUGUUCUGUUGGAUACACAGGGAUUCGUUGCGACACGAGAAUUGAUUUAUGUCAGCUACAAAACCCGUGUCUCUAUGGACAAUGUUUCACUGAUGGAACCAUCGGUUACCGUUGUGUUUGUUUGGCAGGUGCCACGGGGCAAAACUGUACGGAAAUUAUUAACCGUUGUCUCGAGAGACCCUGUCUUAAUAACGGCGUCUGUAUCCAACCACCAGGUGUCCUUAAUUCGUAUCAAUGUGCAUGUCUUACAGGUUACGUUGGCGUUAAUUGUGAAAUAUUAGUUAAUCAAUGUUCAAUGAUCGUCUGUCAAAAUAAUGGCACAUGUAUUAAUAUAGCUACUAAUCCUCCUCAAGCACAAUGUCAAUGUCUUCCAACAUACACUGGUUUAACAUGUGAAUAUUCCUUUCGUGCCUGUACCAGUCAACCAUGUCAAAAUUUGGCAACAUGUAUUGAUCUUAGUCUGACAACUUAUCAAUGUUUAUGUCCAAAUGGGUUUUCAGGACAAAAUUGCGAAGUGAAUAUCCAUGUUUGUAGCAGUAACCCAUGUAAAAAUGGAGGCUUUUGCACUGAACCAACACCCUACUAUUAUAUUUGUCAAUGUGUAUGGCCAUUUUAUGGACAAAAUUGUCAAUUGGCUUGCGAUCCUUGUUUGAGUUUUCCAUGUCGGGGGCCAUAUUCUCAAUGUAUAUCAAAUCCGAUCUAUUUUAAUUAUACGUGCGUGUGUGCCGCGGGAUUUCUUAAUCCCUAUUGUACAACAAUAUAUGAUCCGUGUUCAUUAGCUCUAUGUCGAAAUUCUGCUACAUGCAUAAGAACAGGACCAACAACAUUUGCUUGUAUUUGUCCACUUGGAUAUAAUGGAACAUAUUGUGAAAUACAAACAAAUCCGUGUACUGUCUAUUCAUGUGGUAUCGGUGGAACAGCAAUAACAACGGGACCAAUAUCGUGCCAAUGUCAGUGCCCUUAUAGCUAUUACGGUAUAAGUUGUCAAUUAAAUGUCUGUAACGCUAAUCCUUGUCAAUUGGGCACAUGUGUACCAAAUUCAAAUUUAUCAUACACAUGUAAUUGUCCCGUAGGAUUUACUAGUAUCAUGGGCGUGUGUGGUGAUAUCGACGAAUGUCAGACAAUACCUGGUAUUUGUGCUAAUGGCGGACGAUGCUUGAAUUCGUAUGGUUCCUACCUUUGUUUUUGUCAAACGGGUUAUUAUGGAUUUAAUUGCGAAACAUUUGAUCCUUGUCGAUCAGCGCCAUGUCUCAACGGGGGAACCUGUGUGAAUAUUCCAAAUUUUAGAUUUCGCUGUGAUUGUCCUGCAUUAUUCACAGGUAAAAAAUCCUGA